CGACGCGUCAAUUCCUCAAUUCAGAAGACGAAGGCGCCCGCGCCCGGUCCAAACGCGGCCUUUUCAUCCGCACGGCAAAUGUAAUGCUAUCCAGACGACAGCCGCUCAUGGAGACCUCAGACAACGCCGCGACGAGCUCGCCCGCGCCCACUUCUACCGCGCGCCGCUCGGGACGCGUCACCAAGCCGCCCGCCAAGUUCACUCCCGAUGCGCCCGCCGCCCACAAGCGCAAGCGCGGCGCGCAGCACGACGACGAAGACGACGAGAACGAGCUGCCCAACGAUGAGGUAGACGAUGGCAGCGAUGUCAAUGGCGACGACCCCGAAGACUCGGCCGUCGAGGAGCCCAGUCGCGCGACCAAGAAAAAGAAGAAGCCCUCGGCGUCGCAGCAAUCCGCAAAGUCACGGAGACCAGCCGCGAAAAAGCCCAAAACCAACGGCAACGCGCCCGCCCACGAGCCCGUACGCGCCGCGCAAUUGCCAAGUCGCCCGAAGAAAGCGGUCCGCGUUGCGGUCGCCCAGGGCGAAGCGAAUGGGUUGUACGCCGACAUAUUUGCCUCGGGAGACUCUUCUGACAAGGUCGCGACGGAAUGGUACCACAAGUAUCAGGCCGACGACGCCGCUGCCGUCACCGACCUCGUAAACUGCAUUCUCCUGGCGGCCGGGUGCGAUCAGCAGGUGACCCAGGACGACAUUCGAGAUCCGGAGAACUGCUCCAACCGGCUGGCAGACUUGCAAAACGUCUACGCCGAGGAAGGAAUCACGGAUUACCCGCUGAUCUCCAGGGCCAAGACCACCAAAUCGUUCCGUGAGCUGCUGGUCGGCUUCUUCAGAUCCCUCGUGACCGUCCUACACGAGACGGACGUCUUGUACACCGACAGCGCGCUGAUGGAGAACAUCGCGAGAUGGGUGGCUUCCAUGUCCUCGUCAACCCUGCGGCCCUUCAGGCAUACGGCAACCACCGUCGCCCUCGCCAUGGAGGUCGCCCUGGUCGAAGCGGCCAAGAAGCUCGAUGACCGUAUUACCAAGCUGACGCAGCAGGUCAACGCCGAGAAGAGCCGCAAGGGCAAGAACAGGGAAAGACUGGCCGCGGUCCAGAAGAACCUCGAGGAAGCCGAGCAGUGCCGCCAAAUCUGCCAGGACCAGAUUACCGACUUCUUCGAAACCGUAUUUGUCCACCGAUACCGCGACAUAGACGCCAAGAUCCGGGCCGAAUGUGUCGAGGCGCUCGGCACCUGGAUCUGGCUGCUGCCCACCUUCUUCAUGGAGCCCGAGUAUCUGCGGUACCUGGGCUGGAUGUUAUCUGACGUCACAGCGCAGACGAGGCACGAAGUGCUCAAACAGCUGGCCCGGAUACUCAAGCGAGACGCCGAGAAGUUGGGGCAUUUCAUCGAGCGCUUCAGGCCGCGUCUGGUUGAAAUGGCCACCAAGGACGCCGAUGUUGGCGUUCGCGUGGCCGCCAUCUCCGUCAUACAGAUCCUCAAGGACACGGGCAUGCUCGAGCCUGACGAAAUCGACUCGAUUGGCCGGAUGGUUUUCGACUCCGAGCUCCGCGUGCGGAGAGCUGUCGUCGAUUUCUUUGCCGGCUGCGUGAAUGACUCGAUCGAGACCAAGGUGGAGGAGAUGGGAGGCGCCGAUGCGGUCGACGAGCUGUUUGGCGAUGAUGAGGAAGACGACUACUUCUCUCCGCGUAGGGAUUGGAUCAGCAUCAAGUGCCUCGCCGAGCUUCUUGCCGCUUACGAUUCGCAGCUCGAGGAGGAAAACCGGACGUUACCCGUCCGUGGCCUGGAUAUUGCCGUCGAGAUGGUGCAGGCCGUGGCGCCCGAGACCCGCCUCUCGCUGGCUUCUCAGGUCUUGUUUGAGAAGAUCGACCAGGUCAAGAACUGGGAGUUGUUGUCCGGCUAUCUCCUCUAUGAUCACACGACGAGUACGAAGGCGAAGGCGUCAUCCAAGCGCACCUCCAACGAGGUGGCACUCAAGCACGCUGUUGCACCAGAAGGCAAGGAGGAGGUGGUGCUCCUCGAAGUGCUUGCAUCCGCUGUCAGGCUGAGCUUGGCAUCGGUCUCUGAAGGAGACAGGAGCAGGAGGAAACAGCGGCCAGAUGCUGUCGAGGGCGUCGAGGAUUCCGCAGUACACCUGGCCACCAUCAUUCCCCGCCUCCUCAACAAGUACGGAGCCGAAGCAAGCACCGCCGUCAUCGUGUUACGACUUGAGCAUUCCCUGCCCCUCGACGUCUUCCAGCAGCUCCGGCAGGAUUCGACAACGUACAGCCGCUUACUCGACGAGAUCUGCACUCAGUUCGACCGACAUGUCGACAGGGGAGUCCUCGCCGAAGCUACCGCGGCGCUCUUACACGCCCGCCAGUAUGACGAACUGGAGGAAACCACGGACAACAAGAUCUCGGAAUUGUGGGAGACGGUGAUCAAUGCCCUGAGGCAUUUCGACAAGACUCAGGAGCUCCGCAACCGCGGGAACAUGGAGGCACCAGCCGUCACCCAGCUAGGAAGCGUUCUCCUCAAGAUCAGCAAGCUCGCCAGCAUCGCCGACUGCAUCGAGGUGCUCGAGGCCCAAGGUCAGUCCAAAGACUCGGAGCGCCCCGUGAUCGAGCUCCUCAUCCACACCGUCCACCGCGGCAAGCUCGACCAAGUCGAUGAAGCGCUGGACGACCUCGAAGACGAGGCCGUCUCGUACGCCAUCCAAGCCGCCCAUUUCUACUUCAUGUGGAAAGUUCGCACCCUCAUCACCUCAGUCCAAUCGGACACCGCCAUCCCCGCCCCCGCCAUCGAGCGCCUGGAAUCCCUCCGCAAGACCUUCGCCAACAACCUGAUCUGGACGCUCUCCUCGCGCGGCACCAACGACGAGCUGCGCCUCUUCGCCACCGGCGCCCUCUGCGACCUGCACGUGCUGUUCGCCUCGCUCCGCGAAGCCGUCAAACAACAACCUUCCUCCCCGCGCCGGGACGCCUCCGGCGCCCUGCUCGAACCGCUCUUCGAGCCCAUCCAGCCGGGCCUCACAAAAGAGUUCAUCGAGAUCUACAACGCGGCCGAGCGCGCCUACGCCCGCGUGACCAAGCGCACGCUGCUCGCCGGCCCGGCCUCCGAGCCGGCGCAGCCUAAGGACGACGACGUCGUCGACCUGGACGAAGAGGAAGAAGAAGAGGACGAGGACGAAGACGAAGCCGAGGCCAACAUGUCGCCCACCGAGCGCAAGGGCAAGGAGCUCAAGCUCGAGCGCGCCCUGUGCGAGCUCGCCGGCAAGCUGGUCCUCGCCAUCCUCGCCCGCGCCCUCGACCACGCCGGCCCCCGCCCCGGCCGCCUCCGCCGCAGGAUGCUGCGCAACCAGACCCGGCUGGGCGCCAACCUGCGCGAGACGCUCGCCUUCCUCGACGAGGCGAAGCUGAAGGAGCGCGUCGCGGCCGCCGCCGCGGGGAAGAAGAAGCCUGCUGCUACUACUGCUGCUGGUGGUGGGGGUGCAGGAGGGAAGGGGAAGAAACCUGCUGCUACACCUGCACCUGCUGCUGGUGGUCGUGGCGGCGGAUCUUCAGCGGCGGCGAAUGGUGGCAGCGGUGCGGCGUCGGGCAGCGGCAAGAAGGCUGCUGCGCUGAGCGCGGAGAUUGUCGUCGCCGAGGACGACGAGUCGGAGCUCUCCGAGCCUGAGCCCGAGCCCGAGGAGGGCUCGGCGGAGGACCUGAGAGAUGAUCCUAUUGAAGAGGAUGCUGCGGAGCAAGAAGAUGAAGAAGGGGAGGGAGAUGGCGGGGGCGGAGCGGAUAAGAUGGACGAGGAUGAGUCUGUAUUAGGGGACUGAGGGACUACUAUUCAUUCGAUGGGGGCGUUGGUGUGAUGGGCUGGUUUUGUCUCCCCCUUUCCCCCGACUUUUCUGUUGUUGUUUUUCCCUUCGCGGGUGGCCUGUUGUAUCAUCCCUGAUGAUGACUACGGUUGAUGAUAAGGUGGAACUCUGUUCUUCACUUUCUGCGCUUCGCUUCCCGUAAUUCCUAGCAGUACUGUCUUCCGCUUGCGCGCUGCAUUUUUCCUCCAUCUGGCUCAUGCUGGCUGCUCCGAACAGCAGGGCCAGAGUCCUGUUUCGCCGGGCUCCGCUUACGGGGGUGACAGGGUAUGGAUGUAUGAUACAUCAUACGGGAGAGCUCACUAUUCAAUCACUUGAUACCCAGCU